AUGCCUGACGUCUCUGUUGGUUCACAAGUAUUCGACAUUGUGUUCCACCCUACGCAUUGCACCGCCUAUACUGCACUUCUAUCUGGACAUGUCAAGGCUAUCUCAUAUGAUCAUCAAGGGCGAAGCAAGGAAUCGUUCUCCGUCUCGGUUUCCCAACGGUCUUGUCGCGGAAUCAGCAUUGACGGAGACGGGUCCAGCAUAUACGUCGUGGGAAAGGGGAAGGCUCUCCAUACAAUCGACACCGCGACCGGGAAACACGUCCAGACGCGAGCCAAAGCCCAUGAGGCCCCCAUCAAUCGCGUCCGACAUCUGACAUCGUGGCUACUGUCCACAGGAGAUGACGACGGAGUUAUCAAGCUCUGGGAUCCACGACAGAAAGAGUCCAUUCGGAAAUACACGCAUCAUUUUGAUUACAUUACUGAUUUUCUGUGGUUGGACGAUAAGAAACAGUUGAUGGCUACGAGUGGUGAUGGAACGCUGUCAGUUAUGGAUGUCCGGUCGAAGAAUACUAAACCCAUAGCGCAGUCGGAGGAUCAGGAAGAUGAACUCCUGUCCAUUGUCGCAAUCAAAGGGUCUACUAAAUUUGCUGUGGGCACACAAAUUGGGGUUCUCUCUAUCUUCAAUCGAAGCAGCGGGUGGGGUGAUUGUGUUGACCGUAUUCCGGGGCACCCGCAUUCUGUUGACACACUAUGUGCUUUGCCUGAAUCAUUCACUGGCGUUGAUGCCACCAGCACGAUCCUAACAGGGUCAUCCGAUGGCUUUGUACGCGCAGUCCAGAUAUUUCCGACGAAAUUGUUGGGUGUGGUGGCGGACCAUGGGGAAUGGCCCGUUGAGAGGGUCGCAAUUGGUGAUGGACAAGAUUUUUUGGAUCUUGAGGGCGAAGAGAAGAUAACGACGGUGGCGAAUAAAGGUGAUGAUGAUGAUGAUGAAAAAUCGCCCGAUGCCCGGUGGUGGGUUGGAAGUGUUGGCCAUGACGAGACGUUGAAGCUCACAAGUUUGCGGGGCUUUUUCAAUGGAGAAAAUGGAAAUAGUGAUGAAGGAGAGGAAGAUAGAGAAGGAGCGUCUGAAGGUGAUGACGCUGGAUCUGCUGAAGAAGAUGAGGAGGGAGCAGUCGACAGCUGCGCAUAUAAUGAGGCCAAACGUUCUGGCUCCGAGGAUGAUGGUGAUGAUUCAGAUUCAGAUUCGCCAGCUCCACAGACAAAAAGAAAACGGAGAAAGGAGAAAAAUCCGUUGAUGGUGGUGAAGCGGAAGAAGGGAAGGAACGAGGUCGAGGUCAAGGGCCGCUUCUUCGAUGAUCUAUGA